UCACACUCACAAACCAACAUCCUUUUACUAGUCCUUUUGGUCCAGCAGAAUUUGUAGGCAUCUAAGAAGAUAUAUUCUGAUGGGGAAUUGCUUAGUUCUUCAGGACAAGAAAAUGAUCAAGAUCAUGAGAAUGGAUGGGAAGAUCCUCAGAUACCAGUCACCAUUGAAAGCCUAUCAAAUUCUGUCUGAAUUCCCUGAGCAUGCGAUCUUCGAUGCACUCCCUGUCGUCCACCAUCUCGAUCCCACGACCGAUAUGAGAAGCGGGCAGCUCUACUAUCUUCUCCCUCUGAAGACACCAAUCAAGGAGACUGGACUUGGAACUGGAGUUGUUAGGAUCAAGCUGGUUAUCAGUAAGCAGGAGUUAAAGGACUUGCUACUUAAGGGAGGGGUCACCUUUGACAAUAUGAUAUCUCUUGGUCAGAGACGACCAAGCAACCGAAGAAGUGGUGAUGGUGAAGAGAAGUGCAUCGGGUGGAGGCCUGCUUUAGAAAGCAUACAAGAAGGGAAUGAUUGCUAGGCACAAUUACUAUUGUUUUAGAAACUUAUAGGAUGAAACAGCUUGCUUUGCUGAGCUAAUAUAUACAUAUGUAUACUGCUAAGUUCUGAGUAGGGGCUCUCUUUCUCUUUUCUUUACCUUACUUGUCUAGAAAAAGGCAAAGAUAGCCCAUGAACCUCAUAGUGAAAUAGUGCCAACUUUAUCUCCUUAAAAGCUUUCGCAUGGAAAUCUUGUUCGUUACUUCAGUUCGUUGCUUGAAGUUGUAUUUUAAGUUUUGUACAGCAGAUUUAAGAGAAGCGAAUCCAAAACCAAACUGGAGUCUUUUCUUAACUAGCAAGAGAAAGAUGGUUUGGCAUACAUGAAACAAGUGGACAAUAAUUAUCAACCAGUUACCCAAAAUUUACAUUGUUUUCCCGUGGUAUUUCGUU